AUGACUGAUGUAUAUGUCCCACCAAGAAGUACAGCACUGUUAGUGGUCGGAUCCGUGGCGUCCAUAGCGCUUGUUAUCCUUGCGAUAAUUGGCAACUUUCUCAUCCUUGUUGCACUUUAUCGUAACCCGCAUCUUCGCAACUCUACAAAUAUCUACAUCGCGGCACUGGCAGUCACCGAUCUCUUGAAUGCUUGUAUCCCUGGAACACUGUUUGCCAGCACAAUGGUCAUGGGAAGACUUAUGUUCAGUUUAACCGCGUGUCGACUUAGUGGCUUCUUGGUGCACUUUCUGACUUAUGUCUCCAUGGCGACGAUGACGUUAACAGCAGUGAACAGGUAUUCUUUAGAUAGUCUGUAGCAGUGAGGGCGAGGGAUCGUGGGAUAGGUUUGAGAGAACAGUUCAAUUGAGUUAUCUUAGGGUCACACGUCCCCGAACGUUUAGUUUACAUUCAGUAGAGUUGUGACUAGAGACACACCUAACAGUUAAAAAUAUAUCUGUGCUCUGAGACGAGUGGGUGCCGCCGUUCUCGAAAGACUUAAUUUCCCCCCAAACGACCACACAAUCAGAUUUUCCAGCCCUGUUGAAAAGUAGGCAUAAAAAAUCCCACCACCUAAUUCAGAAUAACCGUGAGCCUGACCAAGUUUUUGAAGUUAAUUGUCCUGACCGCAACAGUUUAGAGAGUUUAAACAGCAGACGUUUGGAGACGGCCAACCCGACUAACCCUUAGAGCGAUUUUCGUAUGACCUUGAAAAAUUGUUUCUUUAAGUGUUCGUUAUUUGUUUUAUCAGCCAAUGGAUGAAAAGGUCAAAACAUGGCCUCUUCGUUUUCCCGCCAAAAAAACACCCUAAUAUGGAGAAGGCAUUGUUCGAUUGGCCAAUCGUGUUGCAGUGUGACGUCAAAGCGAAGUAUCGAUUGAUUUCUAGAAAGUUCUCAGGCAUGAAGUUUUUUCACCCGAGCGUUCGCUUAACCAACCAAAAGCCACGCGCGUUCAUAUCUGUUCGAUAAACCAAUCAAAUCGCUCUAUUUUCGUUUGUCUGUUGUUUCUGUUUUGUUUGCGCGUUUUCAUUUCAAGGUCAUACGAAAAUCGCUCUAACUCUGACGAAAGGAUAUCCUGUUCUUUACCAGUCUGAUAUCUAUACUCUGUCUCUACCCUAUCUCAGACUGAAGAUAGAAUUGAACGCCCGUAGCUACUCUUCACGACGGCAUAUAGCUAUAACGCCCUUAUAGCCAAGGACAGUAUCCUCCCCUCCCCACCCCACCCUAUAGGUGAAAUCACUAACAACUCUUCCUUUUUCAGGUACGUUCGAGUUGUCAAGCCGCAACAUUAUAAGAAAAUGUUCAGCCAAAGAAAUUCCUUGCUUAUGCUGGGUGGUCUGUGGCUUCUCAUCGCUUUGUUGAGUCUGUCUCCUAAAGUCGUUGGUGUUGGAGAAUUCAACUUCGAUCCUGCCAAGUCAAUUUGUGCCUAUACUUUUAAAAGCCAAGGGGUGGAGAUAGGCCUUACGCUAGUUAUUGUGUUAAUUCUAGUGAUCUUUUGCUUGUCGCUUGUAUGCUUUUGUUAUUACCAUGUUUCCAAAACGAUCCGUGAACAUAACGCCGGGAUUUUAACGUCUUUGAGUGAUGUGAGUGUUCAAGAGAUUAAUCUGUCCAAAGUACUAUUCAUUUUGGUGUUUGCUUUCGCCCUUUGCUGGCUCCCAGCCUUUGGGCUCAUCUUUGUCAUUAGGGUCAUCCGAAAGAAGAUCCCUCACGCAUUAGGUGUUGUGGUGCCUUUCCUUUUCCAAAUGUCUAGCGCUGUGAACCCCUUCAUAUAUGGUGCCUUGAGUCCACCCUUUAAACGUGCGUUUCGCCGUCUUUUGACGUUGCGCGGUGCAUAUCGCAAUGCGCAUGCACCAAAGAAUGCUGUAGCCCCGAAACCUCUUGAAGCAGUCAAAAGCGGAGCGUUAGUGAACUCGAGGGGAGCAACACCGGGUAUAAACACAAGAUCUCCAGCUGCCUCAGUUUGA